AGCUCCGAGCGACUGAACGUCUUCUGCGAUGGAAUCGAAAUUCGUAAUUAUUUUGUGUAUAGCUAGUCUAACGGUUAUUGGUGGUACGAAUGAUGGAGGACCAAAAGUUUGUAUCGACGAUGGUUGUCUGAUUGGUUUUGAAGAUACUAGCAGAUUGAACAGGACAUUUAGUUCAUUCCUUGGAAUUCCAUACGCUAAACCCCCUAUUGGGGAAUUACGAUUCAAGCCUCCGGAAAAUCCAGAACCCUGGGACACGCGUGAAGCUAAAAAAGAUGGAAACAUGUGUAUCGCAGCCAUGUAUUUCCGUAAUGAAGAUGACCCACCAGGCAGUGAAGACUGCCUUUACUUGAAUGUUUAUACACCAGUGUUACCUGAAAUAGGCGUUAGUUCACCGGAUCUUCCAGUAAUGGUCUUUUUUCAUCCUGGUGGUUUUAUGUUCUGGUCAGGUACCACCUAUCAUUUUCAACCACACUUUUUCAUGGACCGUGGUGUCAUCCUUGUCACUUUAAAUUACCGUCUCAAUAUACUAGGAUUUUUAAGUACCGAGGAUGAGGUAGCUCCUGGAAAUUGGGGACUUAAAGAUCAAGUACAUGCUCUGCAGUGGGUUAACGAUAAUAUUGGGGCCUUUGGUGGUGAUCCUGAUAAGGUUACUAUUUUUGGCGGUAGUGCUGGCGGAGCUUCAGUACAUUAUCACAUGCUAAGUCCACUUUCCAGAGGAUUGUUCACGAAGGCCAUCGCCCAAUCAGGUCUUGCCAAUGCAAGAUGGGCUUAUUCACUGAAGAAUGAAGCAAGAGAGCAUGCAGAAUAUAUAGGUCAACAUUUUAAUUGUCCUACUGAAAAUUCGACUGUUUUGGUUGACUGCCUUCGUAAGAAACCAGCAGAGGAACUGAUUGAAGCUGAUCCAAUCUUUUUUGUUUGGUCUAUUGAUCCAUUAAUUAAAUUCCCACCCGUAGUAGAGCCGGAUAUCGAAGGAGCGUUUCUUAUGGAGAUGCCAAAUGAUCUAUUGAAUUCUGGAAAAUUUGCGGAUGUACCGUUCAUGGCUGGAAUUAUGUCAAAAGAAGGAGUUUUGAGAAGCGGCGCUAUCAUGUCUCAUGACAAUAUACUUCAGAACUAUGAUGUUCUCAAGUUAAAGUCGUUCUCUAAUAGUUUACACUUUUAUCAGCAUCCGGUAGAGGAUGUAAUCAAAAUCAUUGACAAAAUUAACAAAUACUAUUUUAAGGGAAAACGCCUGACUCUUAAACAAGAGAACAAUAUGAUACACAUGUUUUCUGACAGAUAUUUUGUCCAUCCGUUGGUGAAAGCUGUUGAGAUGCAGCGUAAACAUCAGAAAUCACCAAUUUAUCUGUACAGUUUUGAAUAUGAGGGACCAAAAAGUUUUGCUACAGUAUUUGGUAGAGAACUUAGUACUCCCUUAAAUGGUACAGCGCAUUUAGAUGAUUACUUGUAUCUAUUUCCUAUGGAGAAAACCUUCUUCAAGAAUGAUCCUUGGACCAGAAGUAGUGAAGAGGAUGAAAUGAUAGAAAGAAUGUUAGACAUUCUAACAAAUUUUGCAAUUUUUGGUAAUCCUGCCCCUAGUUUCUCUGGGUUUACGUGGAAUCCAGUUAAAUCUGAGGACCAUGAAUAUCUAGUCAUAAAGGGACCUCACGAUCUAAAAAUGUCAUUAAAAUUGAGAUCAGAUGCUGUCGCCUUUUGGGAUAAAUUAGACGUGGAUAGUGUUAAAUCUAUUAUCCACGAUGAACUUUAAUAUUAAAAAUAUACAAGAAUUCAUUAUCGUAUAAGUUAUUGUUAACUCUUUAUUAUUUGCAACAUUCUCUAGAAAAUAUUAAUAAAUAGAAGCUUCCUCGAA